UGUCAGAUAUUCUGAGAGUAAAGGGACUUAGCCACACAAGUUGCUACCAGAGUCUGCUUGAAUUAAGAGUGUGCUGUGGAGAAAUGGCUUCUUAUCAUUCCCCUCUAUGCAAGUUUGAUGAGCGUUACAUGAGCUCUCACAUGCGUAAAAUGGAGCCUCCCAAGACCUUCAUGAGAAAGCUACCCAUCACACCAGGAUACUGUGGCUUCAUACCAUGGCUUAGUUGCCAGGAGAGCCCCGUCGAGGACCGCAUGAAUUCCUGUGUGAAAGCCUUCCAGGAGAGAACGCAGAGGUACAAGGAGGAGCAGCAGACCCUAAACUGCUCUGUGGCCAACACCCGGCCCCUGAAGCCCAUCUGUUCUGAGGACACGGUCCUGUGGGUGCUGCACGAGUAUGCCAAGAAGUACCACCCCCUGACUCUGGAAUGCAAAAACCAGAAGAAACCACUAAGGGAGCCCCCUAUCCCUGGCUGGGCAGGCUACCUGCCCAGAGCCAAGGUCACUGAAUUUGGCUGUGCCACAAGGUAUACCCUCAUGGCCAGAAAGUGCUACGAGGACUUCCUGGGUUUGGUGGAGCAGGCCAAGAGGGCUCAACUGAAGCCUUAUGAGAAAACAUACAGUGUGAGCUCCGCACAGCCUCUUCACCCUUCUCCUAAAGUCUUACAGCUGCAAGGCCUCCCACCCCCAUACCCAGAACAUUUUGUGCCAGGUCAAACACUCCCAAGCGAGAACUUCCAAGCUCUCAGGCCCUGUGGCUGUGCUCAUUGGUCCAAUCUGUCAUAGGGUGAGCCAACAUCCUGGGCAAAGAAAUUUGCCCAGAGCUAGAGUCCUGCAUUCUUCCCAGGAGAUGUGAGCCUCAAGGGAGGGGAGAUACCUGCUGUGCUUGCAUAGAAACCAGCCCCUUUUGGGCAAUGAGGAGAUUUAAUAAGAAUCCCUUAACUGCUGCCCCAGUAAUUACCACUGUCGCCUAAGACAGUCAGAGAAUUCAGAGGCUACAUCUCAGCAUACUAA